GAUGUUUUCGGGACAGAGGAGGAAUCUUAUGAAAGGCUGGCUGAAUAUCUCCACGCACUUAAACUUGCUAAUCCUGGAACAGUUACAAAUAUUAAAACAGAGGUUGAUGAUGGUGGUAGGGAGAGGUUCUUGUAUAUGUUUUUGUCAUUUGGUGCUUCAAUUAAGGGAUUUAGGUAUCUGAGGAGGGUGUUAGUUGUGGAUGGCACUCACCUCACGGGAAAAUAUAAAGGAGUUUUGUUGACAGCUAGUGGGCAAGAUGCUAACUUCCAAGUGUUUCCGCUGGCUUUCUCAGUUGUGGAUAGCGAGAAUGAUGAAGCAUGGACGUGGUUUUUUGAAAAAUUGGAGCGGAUCAUUGCAGACAGCAACACGUUGACAAUAAUAUCAGAUCGUAACCAGUCUAUUUACAAGGCAAAAAAGAGUGUGUUCCCACUAGCGAAGCAUGCAGCUUGCAUCGUUCACUUGGCUAGAAAUGUGAAUGCUAAAUUCCAGAACAAAGGUUUGGCGAAGAUGGUUUCAAACGCUGGAUAUGCGUAUACCAUAGGCUCAUUUCAGACUCAGUAAAAUCAGAUAAGGGAAAAGAAUCUUGAAUGCGCCAAGUACCUAGACAAAAUCGGAACUGCUCAUUGGUCACGUGCGUAUUUUCAAGGUGAGCGGUACACUAUAAUGACAAGCAACAUAGCAGAGAGCUUGAACAGAGCGUUGUGGGAGGGUAGGGGCUCGCCUAUAGUUGAGUUGCUGAAGUUCAUUCGUGCUAUGCUUACCCGCUGGUUUAGUGCACGGAGGACGAAAGAGGGGAAACACAUGGGGUUUGUGACACCCGAGGUAGAUAAGCAAAUGAAGAAAAGGAUGACAAAUGUUAAGGGCAGCAAAGUUGGGAUGAUAACCAGUUGGAUUUUUGAAAUAGUUGGUAUGUUGAACGGUAAACAUAAUGUACUGCUCGAUCACAAGAGAUGCACAUGCAAACAAUAUGACAAGGACAAGAUUCCUUGUGGUCAUGCAAUGUUCGCUGCAAACACACAUGGGAUUCCGCUUGACACACUCGUGGGUGACUUUUACAAGACCUCAGCAUGGAAAGCUUCAUACGAAGGCAUAAUAAAUCCAGAGGUAAAUGCAGAAAACAUUGAGAUGGCCGAUGAGAUUGUUUACAAAGUGCUGAAUCCACCAAAUACUCGAAGGCCUUCCGGAAGGCCAAAAGUGGCAAGAAUACCAUCAGUUGGCGAGUAUCCAAAACACUCUUCAGGGACAGCUAAACUGCAACGGUGUUCAAGGUGCAAAGGGACCGGGCACAACAGGACUAGCUGUACCAAUCCUAUAUAA